GUUGAUUCUUGUAUGUGCCCUGACCAGGGAUCAGACCUGCAACCUUCGCAUAUUGGGACAAUGCUCUGAUCAACUGAGCUACGUGUCCAGGACUGGUAUCUGUUUUUAAAUUAAGUGUACAAGAGAUUUGCUACAUGAAAAGAAAUACAACCAUGAUGAGGUCAGACCCAGAAGGAAACAAAUUCAGAUGUAACACUGGGAUGUGUCAGUAUGGUGAUUUUCCUUUUGAAAAAUUCCCUUGUGAAAUUUUAAUGUGCAUGCUAUUUUUAUAAUGGUGAUAAUAAAACCUCAAACAAAAAAAAUCCAGGUAGGUAAUCUUACUGUGUACUCUUUGUUGUUGCACCUAUUUUAUGUUAUAGGGGAUGGGAACAAAGCCUUCUUAAACCUCAUUGGAGCAAGGGGAGUCUAUAUUAAAUAUUAAUCUGAGUAUUAAAUAUGGGGAAGUAUAUAUUAAAUAUAAACUUUUAGAUAGUUUUAAGUUUCAUUUUUGCUGGAAUGGUCUUAGAACUCUAGAUUCAGAUUUGCAGACAAAUCUUUGUUCAGCCCAGAUCUGCACUGUUCAGUAUGGUAGCCACUCGUCACAUGUGCUUAUUUAAGUUUCAGUUCAUAUUAAAGAAAAUUAAAAAUUUAGUUUCUUGGUUGCAUUAGCCACAUUCCAAGUGCUCAGUAGUCGUUAGUGGCUAGUGGCUGCUGAAUUGGACAACACAGAUAUAGAACAUGUUUUUCAUCAUAGAAAGUUAUAUGCCGAUCGAGGCCUACUCCAUUUUAUGUUUGAUUUUGAUCAUGGACAUGUGUUUCAAGUGCUCAUUGUUGAAAUCACCAGCUAAGUUGAGCUUAUUUCUUUGUUUCUAUUUUCCAGUUUUUGGAGCCGUGAGGGAUACCGCACUAUUGUUUUAACAUGCUUCAAAUCAAUCAGCUUCUCUCCAAGAUAAAAUGGCAAAACCCAAAGAGAAAACUCCAAUGUGUCUGGUAAAUGAGUUAGCCCGUUUCAAUAGAGUCCAACCCCAGUAUAAACUUCUGAAAGAAAGAGGGCCCGCUCAUUCGAAGAUGUUCUCAGUGCAGCUGAGUCUUGGUGAGCAGACAUGGGAAUCGGAAGGGAGCAGUAUCAAGAAGGCCCAACAAGCUGUUGCUAAUAAAGCUUUGACUGAAUCGACGCUUCCCAAACCGGUUCAGAAACCACCCAAAAGUAAUGUUAACAAUAACCCAGGUAGUAUAACUCCCACGGUGGAACUGAACGGGCUUGCCAUGAAGAGGGGAGAGCCUGCCAUCUACAGGCCACUCGAUCCAAAGCCUUUCCCAAAUUAUAGAGCUAAUUACAACUUCCGGGGCAUGUACAAUCAGAGGUAUCAUUGCCCGAUGCCUAAGAUCUUUUAUGUUCAGCUGACAGUAGGAAAUAAUGAGUUUUUUGGGGAAGGGAAGACUCGACAAGCUGCUAGACACAAUGCCGCCAUGAAGGCUCUCCAGGCGCUGCAGAAUGAGCCCAUUCCGGAAAAAUCCUCUCAGAAUGGCGAAUCCGGAAAGGAAAUGGAUGACGACAAAGACGCAAAUAAAUCGGAGAUCAGCUUAGUGUUUGAAAUCGCUCUGAAGAGAAAUAUGCCCGUCAGUUUCGAGGUUAUUAAGGAAAGUGGACCCCCACACAUGAAAAGCUUUGUCACGCGGGUCUCGGUGGGAGAGUUCUCCGCGGAAGGAGAGGGGAACAGCAAAAAGCUCUCCAAGAAGCGUGCCGCGACCACGGUCCUGCAGGAGCUGAGGAAACUUCCACCUCUCCCUGUGGUUGAAAAGCCAAAAUUAUUUUUUAAAAAACGCCCUAAAACAAUAGUCAAAGCUGGACCAGAAUAUGGUCAAGGAAUGAACCCCAUUAGCCGCCUGGCUCAAAUUCAACAGGCCAAAAAGGAAAGGGAGCCAGACUAUGUUUUGCUUUCAGAGAGAGGAAUGCCUCGACGUCGGGAGUUUGUGAUGCAGGUCAAGGUAGGCAAUGAAGUUGCUACUGGAACAGGACCCAAUAAAAAGAUAGCCAAAAAAAAUGCCGCAGAAGCAAUGCUGUUACAACUUGGUUAUAAAGCAUCCACUAGUCUUCAAGAUCAACUUGACAAGACAGGGGAAAACAAAGGAUGGAGUGGUCCAAAGGCUGGUUUUCCUGAACCAACAAAUAACACUCCAAAAGGAAUUCUUCAUUUGUCUCCUGAUGUUUAUCAAGAGAUGGAAGCCAGCCGCCACAAAGUAAUCUCUGGCACUACCCUAGGCUAUUUGUCACCCAAAGAUAUGAACCAACCCUCCAGCUCUUUCUUCAGUAUAUCUCCCACCUCGAAUAGUUCAGCCACAAUUGCCAGGGAACUCCUUAUGAAUGGAACAUCUCCUACGGCAGAAGCCAUAGGGUUAAAAGGAAGCUCUCCUCCUCCCCCUUGUUCUGCAGUACAACCUUCAAAACAGCUGGAAUAUUUAGCAAGGAUUCAAGGCUUCCAGGCAGCUUUAAGUGCCUUGAAACAAUUUUCUGAGCAAGGACUGGAUCCAAUGGAAGGGACAAUGAGUAUUGAAAAAAGUUCUCUUGAAAAACAAGGCCAGCAUCUGGGAGAGAAGGCGGACAAUAACCAGACACACCCGGGCUCCAUCGCUCAGGACUGCAAGAAAUCAAAGCCCGUCAUCUAACAGCUCCCAGAACCACGGCUGCCACCGCAUCCUUAUAAACCUGUCAGCGCGCAUGGGGGUGUCUGUGUUCAAGGAAAUGAAUGACUAAUACCAUUAUUUGAGUCUUAUGUGAAGACAACGCUAUUCUAACACGCGAGAUAAUAUACAUAGUCCUGUUUAUCCAACUGGGGGAAAAUAAAACUUCGUGCAUUUCCCUUGGAACUUGAGAUCAGAUCAUAACUCAUUUGUCCAGAGGCAGCGGACAUCUGAUCCUGCUACCGGGGCUUAAAAUAACAAUGAGUGAAAAGUGUUAGAAACAGAGGUAACAUUUUUUACAUAAUCAAUAGAGAAACUGGGUCUGGUUCCGUUGUUCCGGUGGUUCUGUCGUGGCCCUUGUGUUCAGUUAUAUUCUCUCUCGUUUUAAAUAAUGCUUGACGAUUCAAAAAUUUCCCGAUGACGUGCUGUGGAAUGUGAUGGUCGUUGUCUUCAUAUAGAGUCACACAGUUUCCCUUUUUAAUGCAGAUAUUUGGAAUCUUCAUCCCAUAUCAGUAUGAAUAACUUUAAGGCACACACACUACUCAAAGAUGUAUGCGAACAAACAUGGUUUAAAUCAGGUCGGGUAUUUAAUUAAAACUCUGAAAUCAUGUUAGGAUCAACUAGUUUCAGUAUACUCCGGGAAUUUAAAAACCAGAUCACUUGUGGGUUUUGAGCUCCGUAAUACUCUCAACCACCAGGGAGGCGUCUUGCCUCCACGAACCAUUUCUCCGGUUCCACGUCCUGUGGCAGAAAUCGCACCCACCCCCAUUCGUGUCUUGUAGCCACUCACCGUUUGCAUCAAGAGUGUUUUUGAUAACUGCCUCUGGACUUGGGACAGUGAGGAAGAUCAGCAUAAACGAUGUCCCUGGCGGGGAAGGGAGAGCCUGGUGGAGGAGCCGUCAGAGUCUGCCAGCUUGUAGCCAGCCACGCUCGGGACCAGCAUGUUGGAAUCCAGCGUGUAGCAAAUGCAGUAAAAAUUUGGUCGGUUUCUGUGUGAA